AUGUCUAGUAAUGGCGUAUGGCAACUACAGUCUAUAGUACUCCGAUACAGCGAAACUGCUCACAGCAGCCGUGGUUUGCGGUUUUACAUGCGGCAUUUACUGGAAACUUUCCAGCGCAGAUACCCGCACGUGGACGUCAGGACACAACAUGAGCAAUAUGAGAUGCCCUCUGCGUUGUUCAGUUAUCUUGACGGAUCGAAGUAUGACAUAAGCCUCAAGGAUCUAGAAGCACGACAUAUUGAAGAGAUCAUACAACUACAUUGCAACUCAGCAGGUGGAAUGGAAUAUUUGAAGCACGGACAAUCGCGAGUGUGGACUACAAACCGAUCCAUUCAGGGAGUUUGGAAACCUACACAAGAUUCUCAAAAUGUGGCACUUUCAUGGUUCAAAUCCAAAGACUCACUUUGCACGGGAAGGAAACUCACACCAAGGUCACUUCCAAAGUACUCCGCGAAAUCGCUGAUUCUGAAUUGUGACGCUGUAAAAGGAAAUGGCCGUUGGGGCGACGAAACUAUCUUCCCACGCGGUUUUGAUCAGCAAUAUUUGAAGGAUAUAUUCACUAGGCCGUUUAUCGACCACGAGCUUACACGAAAACAGUACAAAAGGAAUGUAGAUACUGGAGAAAACGAUAGAUAG